AAGCCCCAACUCGGUUCACUCUCACUCGCGGUAGUCAAUUUUCAGAGUUCCGAGAGUGUUCACAGACCAGUUCCCGACGAGACCUAACAAUGGCGAUGGCUUUCAAGAUGGCAACCACUGGAAUGUGGGUGAGCGAUGAGUGCAAGAACUCGUUUAUGGAGAUGAAAUGGAAGAAGGUGCAUAGGUAUAUUGUGUUUAAGAUCGAUGAAGGAUCGAGGUUAGUCACCGUUGACAAGGUCGGUGGUUCGGCCGAAAGCUACGAUGAUCUAACUGCAUCAUUGCCGAAUGACGACUGUCGAUACGCAGUGUUCGAUUUCGACUUCGUCACCGUUGAUAAUUGCCGGAAGAGCAAGAUCUUCUUCAUCGCGUGGUCGCCCACCGCAUCAAGAAUUAGAGCAAAAAUUCUAUACGCAACUUCGAAAGCCGGGCUGAGGAGAGUGCUGGAAGGCAUUCAUUACGAGCUUCAAGCAACCGAUCCAACUGAAAUGGGGAUGGAUGUGAUCAAGGACAGAGCCAAAUAGA